AUGGCAAGAGUGACGGUUCCAUUGGGGCGAACCACCCGGUCAGUGGGGACAUGCUUGUUCCUCGCUACGGGGCUGUGUCUGAAACCGCUGGUCGGAGCGGAUUCCCCUGCGAAUUACUAUAAAGAUAUCGAGGGAUGCGGUCUGCAGUGCAAGGAUCCACUGUUCACCGAUCACGAGCACCGUCCGAUUCACAAGUUGAUCGCGUGGGGUGCCGGAGUAUGCCUGACGUUCAAUUUGUUUACGAUCGCAACGUUUGCGAUCGAUUGGCACAAUGCGAACAAGUUCCCGGCGUUGGUGAUUUUCUACAUCAACUUUUGCUUCAUGGUGUCCUGUUUGGGCUGGCUCGCUCAAUUCACUCCUGGUAGUCGGGAGGACAUCGUCUGUCGCAAGGAUGGAACUCUGCGCAUUUCGGAACCCAGUGCCGGUGAGAAUCUCUCGUGUAUUGUGGUGUUUAUUUUGGUUUACUACUUCCUAAUUGCGGCCAUGGUUUGGUUCGUCAUUUUCACCUACGUGUGGCAUAUGAGUUUCAAAGCUAUUGGGAAAAUUCAGGAUAGGAUUGCUAAGAAGGUAUCGUACUUCCAUUUGAUUGCGCGGUCACUGCCGCUAGUGCUGACAAUAACGAUCAUGGCUCUGAGUGAAAUCUAUGGAAACAGUACGGUUGGGAUUUGCUUCGUGGGGUACUUGAAUCAUCCGAUUAGGGCGGGCUUUCUGCUGGGGCCGGUGGCUUGUGUUCUGUUCAUUGGAGGGUACUUCCUAGGAAGAGGACUACUGACGCUGAUCAAGCUGAAGAUAUCUAGCAAGGAGAUUAUCUCGGCUCGUGCUAGUAAGAAAAUCCGACAGACAAUUGUCCGGAUGGGAAUCUGUACAAUGUUCACGUUUGUGUUCAUCGUUGCGACCAUUUUCUGCCACAUUCAUGAGUUAAAAAAAACUGAAAGUUGGGCACUGGCGCUUAAAAAAUACAUCAUCUGUCAGAUUUCGUCGACGUACACGGAUGUGACGAGCGCUUGCAAGCUUCAGAGUCGCCCAAGUAUGGCAAUCCUACAGAUCCAUCUGAUUUGCUUAUUCGCGUCGGGUAUCGUGAUGUCGUUAUUUUCGGAGGCGCUUCCGACCAGAUGUCGAGGAACCCGUGUAACUACAGAAGCAUAA